AUGCCAGCACGUGGGGUGGCAUUUGCUGACCGGAUGGAGCGAAAUAUACUUGAUCUCAGGGUGGAUUCAGCGGCAAAUACCGGAAGAACGAAUGAAGAGCAGGGUUUCAGAAGUGCCACAGAGUCGGAGAGGCUUGCGGCCAAGCCGACCGCAACCUCGAAUGACAGAGCCACUGACAAUGGAUGUAUCGGCAAGAGCCAAGAUGUUGACAACGAACAAGUCUCACAUGACUGUCAGAAACCCGAUGAUGAAAAUGCCGGUGAGCAUAGAGCCAGCUGCGGCGAUGACGAUGUGACGGGAGGGGAUGGUGCAUGGGUCGUCCCUGGUGUCGGCACCUUUCAAAAGCGGGCUGUCUACAUAUUCGAUGGAUGCAGUCUACCUGCUGGCCUUUGGAAGAGCAACUAUACUAUACAGAGCCGGACGGUGGGACAGAUUCCUUACAAUGUGCGAUUCGACCCUGCAAACGUUCAGCUUUGCAACGGGUUUCUCACCCUGGCGGUUCCAGGAGGCCAGCAGCCCACGCAGGCCGACAAUUACGCCAUCAGGUGUGCGGAGGUGACGACGAUUGACCAAAAUAUCCUCUACGCCAGCGUGCGGACCAAAGCUAUUUUCAGCCAGGAACCUGGCACUGUUCAUGGACUCUUCUUCUACAAGAGUGACAAUCAGGAGACCGAUAUCGAAUACUUGACAGAUCCAACUUCCUUGUCCAACCCAGGUCCAGGCGUACCUGUGCCCAUGUGGUACACGAAUCAAGCUGUUGAUCCCCAGAGGAUGGCCAAGACUUACCAGACCGGCAAUGCUCCAACUGACUGCGCAGAGAACGUCCAUGAGUAUCGGCUUGACUGGACCAAGGAUUUUACUGCCUUCUACAUCGACGGGGUUCUCCAGAAAAAGUUCUGGGUCAACGUUCCGAGUGUACCAGGUACAUGGGUGUGGAACAAUUGGACAAAUGGCGACAGAGGGUGGUCGGCCGGUCCUCCGGCGAGGGACAACGUUCUCAAAAUCCAGAGCAUCACCAUGUACUACAACACUGCAAGCAACGCAUCAAGUGAUUCGGUUUAG